AUGGGUGCUGAUUCCAAGAAAAAAGCAGCGCCGCCUCCCCUCCCCGCUCCUACAGAGACCGAUUCAACAACUACCUCACCAACCGAGCUGGAAACCGAUCUGGCGACCGAUGUUUCGAGGCCUAUCGAAGCCAAGUCCUCGUACUCGCUUCCAGACGACGGCACUCCAGUCACCAUCAAGACACGCCAGAAGCACAAUCGCUCUCAAACAUCGCUGCUCAUAGAAUAUUUUGAGGGUGGCAAAGGUACUGGCGCCUCGGGCGACGGGAGCGAGCGCAAACCUAGCGUACGCGUGCGAUUGACUCCGUCAAAGAAUCGCAAGAACGAUCACAUCCAGAUCACCGAGACCAGGAGCCGCAAGGCCUCCCUCACGAGGAAGACGUCGGCAUCGGCCACGCCCACCGGCCCCGUUUUUGAGGGCGAGGGCCUUUCCGUGCCCGAAGGCGACGACGCCCACAGUAUGAACUCGUACGUGUCGGCUACUGAGGAGUCCAAUGUCUCCCACCAGCCAAUUGACAUUGAGAUUGACCGCCGGCGCCGGCGCCCCGCAAGUCCCUUGAUUCCGACCACCACCGACAGCAGUAAGGUCUCGUAUCAGCCAGGAAACAUGUCGGAAAUCUCAGCCAUUCCCACAGACAGCUUUUUGGACGGCUCAGGUCCAUCCAGCAAGUCGCCAGAGAGGAGGCGAGACAAGAGCCCUUCGCGAACCGGAAAUGUGAUCGCUGGCGCUACCGCUGGUCUUGCCGCGGCUGCGGCUGCCGAUAAGGUACGUAGCGGCCGACAAGACAAGGAGCGAGUGGUCUUGCCAAAGACCAGGGAUAGAGACCGCGAGAGGUCUGAGCGAAAGCACAAGAGCAAAAGUCGCACAAGCAGCACAAGCGACAAGCACAGGGACGAAGAGAAGUCGUCCCGGAGAAAAUCCAGCCGCAGUCAUCAAGAAUCUACCGUCUCGGCAGCCGACUCAAGCGUCGUUUCAUCCGGCCUCACCCCUAGCCAUCGGUCCGAUCAAUACUCUGUCCGAUCUGGUACAUCUAAAGCCUCAUCAAUUAACAACCCUAAACUACUUGAGACUGUUGAAGAUGCAAUCCGUCGUCUAAUCCUGCCGGAGCUUAAUGCUUUAAAACGGGAGCAAAGCAGAAACCAUGGUCGCCGCAGCUCCCUAACCUCAACCAGUGGGACAUCCCUAUCAAGAGAUGACCAAGAGUCCGACAAGCGUAGGUCGGGUGUCAGUGAGCGUUCGAGCAAGCCCAGAGAGCCAAGGGACCGAGAGGCUCGCAAUGUGCUCCUCGAAAGUCCCGCACCGAGUGUUUCACAGGAAUCAAUACAAGAAUACAGCCGCGACACCGAUAGUCCAGGCCAUGGCAACCUCAAGGCGGCAGCAGCUGGUGCCAUGGUCGGAGGGCUGGGGGCAGCGGCCAUGGGUCACAACGAAGCCAGGGAGCAGCGGAAGCGUCGCCGGGCCGAGGCGAAGAAUCGCCCUGCUGACAACUAUGCUGAAGAGUACGAUGACGAAUCAGAAUUCCAGCCGCGGCCGCCAAUGCCGCUUAUGAGCGAGAUUAACCCCUCUGAGCUUACGCGGACAUCUAUCAUGUCUGCAGAGAGUGACCAUCCACAAUCUGCCCGCGGAGACACUCCCUCAACCCACGAAACCACAACUGGAAGGGCUGUGGGUACGUCCACGGAUGACAACUUAACACCGACUAUUGAACCGGCGACACUGGCAGCGCUAGGAGCGCACCACCAUAAUGUCUCCCACGGUGACCUUAGAGCUCUGCCACGAACCGGCACUGGUGCUACUGCGGAAGACUUUGCGAAUGGGCAAUAUGCCAACAACGACGAACGGAGACUUCAAGAGGAGUAUGAUGAUUAUGAUGAGGUGGAUGACGACCAAUACUCGUAUGAUGGGCCAGCUGGGUACUACUACAACCAGCAGGAUGUUCCUGCUCCACUCAGGUACGAGCCAUAUGGACUGGAGCGUCGUGGCUUGAGCCCUAUCCCAAGUGUCUCUGGAUACACCGAGGGUGGAAGCGAAGUGCAGCAGAAUCGCGACUCGAGAGUAACACAGAGGACAAGUGGAUCAUUCUCUCCUACCAAGUCUCCUCAUUAUCAUGCUCCCGGCACACCUGGGUCCAUACCGAGCAAUGUCAUGAGCCGGGAUUUCGAUCAUGAUGAGCGUAGUCUCAGAAGUUCUGGAUACGACUACCGAAAUCCGACUGAGAGCGAGAUUGAAGGAACUUCCCCAGGCCAGGCCGUCCGGGGCAUUGGAGCUAAUCCAAACUUUGUACACAUUCCCAUGGGUGUGGAGUCAGCUGUUGCCUCCCUCAUUGAUGGCUCCAUGCUCGACGGCUCGGUCAUGACCGAUUCCGGCCGUGGAAGCGGUGGCUAUGGCGCCCAGAACUCGAUGCGAGCCUUCGAUGAACAAGGAUCUCGGGACCCCUCCCGCCAGCACUCUGUGGAUCCGAUGAUUGCAAAGGGUGGCCCAGUACUUUCGCCCCCCUCGCCAGAUGCCACCAACUCGCAUGCGUCUGAUUUCUCACGCGACCGCAGCCAGCCUCGAUCCGCAUUUGCCGGCGAGUAUGAGCUUGACCAAUAUGGUCGCAAGGUUCCUGCGUCCCAGUCAUCCGGACGCCACUCUCCCACCGCUUCAGAGGCUGCCAUCACCGGAGCUGCCGUUGCGGCAGCGUCUAAGGCCCUGCGUGCUAGGGAGCGCGAUAUGAGGACUGUCGAUGAAGAUGUAGAGAGAAGCCCGACCGGAUCUCCCGGAAACAUCCCUCAGCGCAACAAGUCGUUCAAGGAACGAACUUUGGAUGGCCACCAGCCGGCGAACACCCCGAUGCACAGCGUCGACCGCCUGGACGAAUAUGACCGACCAAGAAUGGGUGUUAGUGGCGUCCCAGAUGCGCAAGACCCUCUCCCAGAGAUUGGCUUUUACGAACAGUCAAACCCCUCAGUUGUCGAAGGCCGUCUCGAUGGCUCGCGGCGGAGCAGCCAGGACUGGUCAGGCCAGAGGACGCCGACUCGGCUGGUUCCUGCGAGGAACGAGGACGACAACUCCAGUCUGCAAGAGACACCCAAGCGAAGCGGUAAUGGGCUUGGAACCGCGGCUGGCGUUGCGGCUGGUGCUGCUGCCAUUGCGACCGCGGCUGCUUUGGCGUCGUCGCACAACCGCCAGCCGAGCCAAGAGCACGAAGAUUGGCAACGCAACUCUGACGACCGGAAGAGGGACACUCUUGUAACGAACCCCUUCGAGGGCAACAGUCCUCAUGUCAACCUCCCAGGCCUUGGUGACAACGUCAUGAGUGGGAGCGCGCCGGUGUACCAGAACCCAGGUUUUGGCGCUGACUUUGGAACCCGCAGUCCCCUGCACAACAAAGUCGACGAGGGCUACAUCUCACAGGGUGCCAACAAGACGCCUGACCAUGCCAGGGGUAAGGGCAAGGGAGUUGAGUUUUCUCAACCCAUGAACGCAUCCAACAUGGAUGAUCCGUUCUACACUCCCAAGGGAGGAAGACACCUCAGUGGCAUGUCACAAGGAUUGGGCUCGCCGCUGUUCGAUCCGUCUACUGGCGCCGGAAUCGACCGCAUAGAGUCACAGGAUAUUGUCGCCCUGAUGCAGCAUCUCAUGGUCAGGGAUGCUCAACGAAGCGCUCGGGACACUGAAAUCUUGAUGACCCUCGUCCGGUCCGCGGCCGAGAUGCGUGAGUCGUUUGAGAAAAUCAAGCACAUGAUUGCGGACUCGGAAGACGUAAUCAUUCGCGAAGUCGAAGAGAACACCGAGAAGACAGUACAGCGUCAUCUGGGUGGGCCGAGGCCAUUCCCCGGCAGCGUCGGUGGAACUCGCUCUCCCAUGCAGACCGCUGGCGGUUCUCAAACAGGGACUGAAGAACUGCGCACCAAGAAACAAAACCUCUUCCGCAGAGCUCUCAAAGGCCUGAGCACCAAGGGUAACAACGAUCUCGGGAGGAUCGAGGACAUGCUCAUGCAGCUCCUCACCGAGGUCGACACCUUGAAGACGCAGACUGCAAUCCGUAGUGGAAGUGCGGGUGCGGGAGGAUUCACCCCUAUUGGUGCGGACGUACAGUCCUUCGACAACCUGCAGCCUGCGGUCCAGUACGAGCACGACCGUGGCUACGAACCCGAAGGCCACGCGGGUACCUCAACUGCCAGCCAUGCAAGCCAGUCAGGUCAUCUUUCGAUCCCGCAAGCCCGUGUCGGGUCAACGAAGCUUGGCUAUGAUCGCAAGUUUUCUGACCACCGUAUAAGUACGGUCCCGGAGGCCAACGAGGAAGACUUUGAACAUCGUACACCCGAGCGCGGAUACCAGCUCCAGGAACAGUACGCCAAUCCGGAAAUGGCUAACAUGGCACGGUCCCGAAACGUUUCAGGCGGAAGCAUGUCUAUCUCGACGCCGCCGCUCCCUGGUCCGGCGCAGGGCUCUAUGAGCAACGAGAAUACUCCUCAGGACAAGAGCAAAAAGCACAAGUCCUCCGGCUCAUCCAACUGGUUCCCCAAAAUUUCGCGCUGGUCAGAGACAACCACGUCCAGCGUAGGCAGGGUCUUCCGUAGCAGCAAGGACUCGAAGAAAGACGCCGAUUGGAGCUACGACGGCGACCCACACGUUGAUCCAUACGGCGAUGACAAGCUUCACUCUGGCUUCUCACAGGAUGCUCUUCCUGAGCCCGAAGACCCCAAGUACAAGGCUCACCGUGACUCGCUGAACUUACAGCACCCGCGGCCGCGACAGCAGGCCCACAAGGUCGCCAUAGAGACCCAAGCCGAAGACUAUGGCGCGCCUAGGUCGCCAAAUUCAGCCAACUGGGCGGAAUCUGCCACAAGCUUGAACCGCCUCCAGGGCCAGGCGGCCAACAUGCGGCCGCAUCGUUAUAGCGACAUGUCAGCUUCGGCCCAGCAGGAGCACCAGCCGCAGUUCUGGGGCUCUUCGCCGGUUCCCGCCGCGCUCUCGCCGUCAGGACCCCCUCGUCCGCCCAAGGAGCCCCUGGACGGCCGAUCGACACCAAACCGUAUUUCCAAGCUGCAGAAGUCGAGCCCGAGCCCGCUUCCCUUCCACAGCGUUGAGAGCGGCUAUGGCACAGCUACACAUGCCAGCUACAACGAGAGCCCGCGCUUGGAGAACAGGAACCUAAGCGGUGCACUCGGUAGCGUCCCCACCCGACGGCCUAGCGGGCCCAGGGCCAUGACACCCAAGACUGAGGACGACAGGCGCCGAAAGCGAGAUACUUUUGGAUCAAUUGCGUCUCAAGAAUCGGAGACCUUCUAG